CAUGACACCUAUUUAUCUAUUCACCAAAAAAACACUCGGCUGUUACUCGACGGCGUAACACAAGUCAACCACCAAUCGCCACCGUCACGCCGCCGGCACAGAAACCAAAGAUACAGGAACAAGUUAUAAACCAAACGGAACAAAUUGAAUCAUCAAAGAUGGAGGAAACCCUAACCCUAGGUGAGGAGAAAACGGAGAAUGCUGAAAUUAGAAUUAAUCCGGUGACAAAGAAGAAAGUUAGGGUUGUGAAGAAGAUCGUGAAGAAGAAGAUUAUUCGAAAGGUACCAAAGCGUGUGUUAAUUGCAUCCAAUUGUAAUGAUAGUAGUGAUUUAGGAAAAGUUACAAGCCCUAACCCUAAUGUUCAGUGUGUAAUGGAAAUUGAGAAAGAUAAUGUUGAAAUUGAGGGGUUAAAAGAAGCUGAGAGUGUGAAGAAGGUGGAGGUUAGUGGUUUGGUAGCUUCAUCAUUGUUGUUAGGUGAUCAGGUUUGUAAUCCGGAGCGAAUCGAGUUGCGGGAUGGUGAUCGGAGUUGUGCCGGGUUGCUGGAUAGUGAUCGGAAUCGUAUUGAAUUACAGGAUGGUGAUCGGAAUCAAAUAGAAUUACAGGAUGGUGAUCAGAAUGGUAUUGAAUUACAGGAUGGUGAUCGGAAUCGAAUAGAAUUGGGGGAUGGUGACCGGAAUAGAAGUGCAUUGGUGGAUAGUUUUCAAAAUCAGGAUCGAAUUGAUUUGCCGGAAAGCGAUCAGAAACGAAGAGGAUUUCAGAAUUAUGAUCAGAAUGGAAGUGCAUUGUUGGUUGGUUCUCAGAAUCGAAUCGAAUUGCAGGAUGGUGAUCAGAAAUUAGUAGAAUUGCAUGAAAGUGAUCGGAUUCGAAGCGGAUUUCAGAAUCUUGAUCAGAAUAGAAGUGCAUUGUUGGAUACUCAGAAUCUAAUCGAAUUGCAGGACAGCGAUCAGAACCGAAUCGGAUUGCAGAAUAAUGAUGAGAACACAAGUGCAUUGCCGGAAAGCUCUCAGAAUCUAACCGAAUCACAGGACAGUAACGAGAAUCAACUUGAAUUGUCGAACAGGGAGCACGAUACUAACAGCACGAACGUAAAAGAACCUGAAGGUGAGAACGGUGUGAAGGAGCUAGUAAAAACUGAAACCGAUGCUUUAAAAUCACAAGAAGCUGUAAGUGAGACUAACCUACCAAACGAGAAAAUGGUACCAUCCAGACUGUAUACGAAACAUGUCAAAAAGAUUUUCAUCCAUGGGUUGGGUCAAGAGACAAAAGAAGAAGAUAUUAGAAAAGUUUUCGAAGAGGUCGGUGAGGUUGUUGAAGUGAAAGUAAUAUUAAAUUUCAAAACCGGGAAAAAGAGAGGGUUCGGUUUUGUUACUUUCGCUUCAGCAGAGCUUGCGAAUUUGGCUCUUACCAAAUACCAGAAUGUUGAGAUAUGUGGAAGACCGUGUCGAACGUCUGCUAUCGAAGGGAUUGAUACUAUCUUACUCAAUAAUAUCGAUAAGAAGUGGAACAAAGAACAUGUUGUUGAAUUGUUGCAGAAAAUCGGGAUCAUGAAAUUAGACGAAGUUUUAGUUGUACCCGACCCUGAUAACGCUAAACUGAACUGCGGUUUUGCCUUUCUUGAAUUUGAAACAAAACGGGAUGCUCAAAUGGCUUACCAUAAACUUCAAAAUGAAAAUGUUUUUGGAAAGCGUUCAAAUAUAAAAGUUUCGUGGGCCUCGUCAUCUGUUGAUCCAGUUGAAGAAGAUACCCAUAAUAACAAAUCUGUUUACGCUGAACAUAUACCGUUGUCUUGGGAUGAAAAGGAAGUAAACAACCAUUUUAAAACGUUCGGUGAAAUCGAAAGUAUUGCUCUUGCCAAAAAUCUUCGAACAACCAAGAGAAAUGAUUUCGCAUUUAUUAAUUACAAGACGUGUGAAGCUGCUAAUUCGUGUAUCGAGGCUUUGACUUGCAAAAAGUCAACCAGCAACAGUGGCCCAACGGGUCAGUUGAAGGUUUCUCUUGCAAAGUCAAUACCAAAAGUCAAACCAAUGAAGACCAUCUCGGGUUCUGCUGUUACUGAGGUCUCUCAUGCUUACCAAAAUGCAAACCGAUCAAGACAAUCUCAUAACCAAUACCAAAACGCGUACCAAUCAAGACAAUCUCAACAAAAGUCAUCAUAUGACUCAUAUUUAGGUGUCUACAAGCCGCCGCAAAAAUCUAAAAUCAUGAUCGGUAAACAUGAAGAUUCUAGAAAUGAUUUAGCAUCGUCAACUACUGCUGAACUUGUACAACUUUUAAGGGAGCAAGCAUCAUGGAAGCAAGGUGGACCAAGCUCAACUACAGGUCAUCAUCAACUCUCGUUUGGAGGGAAACAACCGUUUACCGAACUGGAAAGCAAAUCAACAUAUCAUCAUGAUCCACGAGCGUACCACCAAUCUCAUCUUCAAAUUCCUAAUGUUACACAUCACCGACCAAUUGUAAACGUGACAUCCAUCCCUCAUUAUGAUCAGCAGCGUGUUCAUUACGAAUCUGGAUCAUUAAAAAUUUCCAACCCUGAUCCUAGGUAUAUCCAGAGACGAGAGCAAACUACUUACCCUGGAAGCAGUACGAUGUACCGGCAAAUGCAUUAAGUGACGUGUUGGCUGCUAAGAAGGUGUUGUUGCUUAACUGGGAACACAGUGUUUUAUCUAUGAAUAAUGCCUUAUUAGUUAUCAUGUUAAUAUGUUAUAAAUCAGUUAUCUGGAGUUAGCAUUUACGAUUUUCAGCCUUUUGUAAAUUCAAUCUAAUAGCAGAAAAAUUCUCGAAGACGAUUUGGGGAGAAGGCAACUUCAAGUUA